ACACAGGCACUCAGAGGAACAACGAUGCGGGCACGCUCUCCCUGUCAGACGCAUAUGGAAUUUGGCCCGUGGUGGGCUUAUCUCUUCCCACCAGCUUCUUUCUUUACACAUCUAAAAUGACACCGGCAUGUAAGUUCCUGCAGAAAUAGCCCUGCGUUGGGUCAGCAGCAGAAGAUGCCAGGCCAUUCCCAGAGCACCCCGAGGCCAGAGCUCUGUGUCCUCGACAGUGUCCAGUGGGCUGAGGAUGAUGGCUCUCGGCUGAGAAGAUUGAUGUGGCCAUGGGCUCUCGUGCCCUCCCCUGUGGGCUGGGAGUGAGCACUGCAGCCCUCCCCGUGUGUAGUUGUCUUCAGAGGAGCACAGCAGAACUUGGCAGAAUGGCUGAGACCUGCAAAAUGAAAUACUCAGUGUUGGACAGCCCUUUGGGGAAGAUGGAGCUGUCUGGCUGUGAGCGAGGCCUGCAUGGGAUACGGUUGCUCAGUGGGAAGACCCCAAACACUGACCCCACAGAGGCCCCAGCUACUCCUGAGGUGCUCGGUGGGCCAGAGGGAGUUCCAGAGCCUCUGGUGCAGUGCACAGCCUGGCUGGAAGCCUAUUUCCGUGAACCCGCAGCCACAGAGGGGCUUCCCUUGCCUGCUCUCCAUCACCCUGUGUUCCAGCAAGAUUCAUUCACCAGACAGGUGUUAUGGAAGCUGCUGAAGGUUGUGAAAUUCGGAGAAACGGUUUCUUACCAGCAAUUAGCAGCCCUGGCAGGCAACCCCAAAGCGGCUCGUGCAGUAGGAGGAGCAAUGAGAAGCAAUCCGGUCCCCAUCCUCAUCCCCUGCCACAGGGUGGUUCGCAGUGACGGUGCCAUCGGCCAUUACUCCGGAGGAGGGCAGGCUGUGAAGGAGUGGCUUCUGGCCCAUGAGGGCAUCCCGACCGGACAGCCAGCCUCCAAGGGCUUGGGUCUGACUGGGACCUGGCUCAAGUCAUCCUUCGAGUCGACCAGCUCUGAGCCGUCUGGCCGAAAUUGAGUAACCGUUUGAAUGACACAUAGAUGUAACGCGUGUCGGAAGCGGAUGUGUGGUGGCACCACUAUAUUAAAAGAGCUGCAAGUGUCCUGGGGGACGUGAUGUGGCUGCCCUUUCUUGUUUCUACAUUUUACAGCAGAAUGAGUUCAGACGACCCACCUCGAGUGUGUCAUCAGUUCCCUCCUCUGACAUGGUUAUUGUUCUAUUUUUAAUGCCCAUUAAAAUGGGGGUGAGCGAGGAAGGCCUGAUGAGCCUUAGGGCCCCUUUGUAUGAAGGGAGACACAUCUGACACCUGCAGGCAACAGCUGGCUACCCCAGCCCGUCCACACUAAACAGCUGACCCCACCCCGAUAGGGCCCCCAACUCAUCCUUCAAGCCAUUUACCCUGUGGAGAUGGCAGCCCCCAUUCAGGCCCUAAUCUCCCACCCUUGCUGGCUGGAGGGGAGACAGGCUAGCAAGCGAGUGCUCUGUUGGGGGUCUCAGCAUUGCUCCCCCAUCUGCCAGGAAAGUGUCUUGUAUCCACGGUGGAUGCAAGAUGAUUAAGCAGAAAAUAAAAUAGUACCAUCUUCCAAACACUGGUUUGGAAAUGCUGAAUAGCAGCAUUUGGGUCACCCUCAAAUUCCAGCUCUCCUUUCUUUCCUUGUCUUUGAAGGCUCCUAGUGGUAGGUGGAGGAGACAUGGUGCCUCCUGGGAGCCUCGAGGACCAGGAACCUGUAAAGGUCCCAGCAGCCCAUGUUGAUCUCAUGCAUUGAAGGUUAUACUAUGACUCAGCACAUGCUGCCACCAGCGCUGGAGACUGUCUCCAGAUCUGCCAUAAGGCACCACACGAUGCUUCACAAUUACAUCAUCCUCCCACCUUCAGAGUCGACUGUUCCCAAAAAGGGAGAGGAGACUCAGCCAGGUGCAUGGCUAGGUAAAACAGCAUACGAUUGGAGGAACGAGCCACCAACCGUGCAGCGGAGAGCUUGGUUUUAUGGUGGCCUCUCUGACAGCAGGUGCCACUCAUGGCAUCAUGGAAUCAUGGCCUCUACAGAACCCUCAUACUGCAUGCUACCUUGACACCCACAUAAACCUCAGGCCUUUCUCCCUGGCUAACAGUUUAUUAUGUCCUCAUCUUGCAUCCAGCCGCACUAACUCUGUUUUUUUUUUUUUUUUUUUUUUUUUUUUUGAGAGGCAUCACCAAUACCACACUUUCUGAAUUUGGUUUUCACCUAUCAUCACAGAGCAAGGUGGGUCUCAUUUAUGUGAGCCCCAUAACUCAUAAGUUUUCAGGACAGGGCUGGGCAUGCACCCUGGCACCCUCCCAUCUGGCCUCGCCAGGGUGUUUUCUGCUCAUUUCAUCUCUCUCUGACAUGGCCAGCAAGACCCAUGGAAAGGGCUGGGGUAAUUGUAUCAGAGUAACGCCACACUGGUAUCUCUCCAGCACCAGGAAAUCACUGUAUGAUGUUUUUUUCCUCUGCCUGAAGAGAGCAGAAUUCUCAAAGAGCCGUGUAUGUGUGUGUUCCAACAGAGGGCACUGUGGCUGCAGUGUGCUGGGGAGACCCCAGCCUCCACUCUGCCUUCAGAGGAGUUGGAAGGUGGGCAUCAGGGUCGAAGUCAACUGGUUCUGAGCAGGUCCUCCACCCCGCCGUGUGGGCCGUCAGACCAGUGCCUUGUACAUAGGCCUCCUGUGCCUGGGUGGCCUAUGUAAUGGGAGCUUUCCUUGUGAUCUCUGCACUUCCAAAUAGAUCCAGGCUCUUAAGAGGAGCCUGGGGCUGUACAGACAUCCACGGCCGAACCCCCAGCAUGGGACAGCCACAUGCGGCCAGGACGCCAACCCCAUCAAAGCCACAAGGGCAACCUGGCAGUUCCAGGUAGCCUGGAAUGAUGAGUGGACGUGCUUGGGCCUGCCCUUGGAGCGAUGCGAAAGCCGUGUCUGCUCCCCUCUCCGAGGGUUUCCUUGGUGCUGUCAUAACAGGUUCAUAGAUGCCCCGAGGUAGCCGUUGACAGCAGCAGGACUCACUGCAGUGACCGUGUACUGCUCCAAGGAUAAACUCUGCAGAGGCUGACAUGAAACACCAGCACGGUCGCCUGGAGCCGCUCUGGCUCGGGGUUGCAGCGCAGCUUGUGAAAAUGAGAGAAAGAGGAAAGGCAUAAAGAAUUACAAAAAUAUUUUCCAAAUAAAAAGAAAUGUUGAAACAA